AUGACUCUUGUGAUUAGAUGUGUGGAUACUUCUGCUACUCCAGUAAAAGUGGAAGAGUUCUUCUUAGGGUUCUUAAAGGUGGAUGACUCAACUGGUCAAGGCCUUUUUGGUGUGCUUCAAGAUACAUUGAAAGAUCUUCAGCUUGACAUUGUUAACGUAAGAGGCCAAGGUUACGACAACGGCGCUAAUAUGAAAGGAUUACAUACAGGUGUACUGAAAAGGAUGCUUCAGGUAAACCCUGGAGCAUUUUACACUCCAUGUGGUUGUCAUAAUUUUAAUCUUACUAUCAGCGAUAUGGUCAAGUGUACCCCUUAUGGAGGUACUUUUUUCGGUGCACUUCAAAGUAUUUAUGUGACGUUUUCAGCUUCUCCGAAGCGGUGGAAAGUUUUCAAAGAUAAGUUGAAAGGUUCAGAGGGCAUUAGAUUGAAAAAAUUGUCCCAAACAAGGUGGGAGAGUCGAGUGGAAAGUGUUAAAACAGUACGACAACAAGCCCCAAAAAUUCGAGAAGCUCUAAUGUAUUUAACAGAAAUUUGUGAAGAGGAAAAUGUGAGGCAUGAUGUCGAGAACAUUAUUGAACGAGACAUGGAGAAUUUUGAGUUCCUGCUUAGUAUAGUUAUUUGGGACAAUGGAUAUGAAAAAGCAUUAGAUGAAGCUAGAGUUAUUGCUACCCAGAUGGGCAUUAAACCCGAGUUCCGAAUUAAGCGUUUUAUUUGUAAAAAGACGUUAUUUGGCGAGCCGAGAAAUGUAGAGGUACGUCGAUCACCUGAAGAAUCAUUUAGGAUUAAUUUUUUCAUGUACAUAAUGGAUCAAGCUCUUCUCUCUGUAGGGACUCGGUUUGAGCAGUUUCAAAUUUAUGAAGAAAAGUUUGGGUUCUUAUUUGAUAUGCAAAAGUUAACUUUUAUGGAUGAUUGGAAAUUGUUGAAUUCAUGUACUGAGCACGAAAGUUAUCUGAAAGACGGAACAUCAAGUGAUAUCGACGGAGCAGAAUUGUUUAGUGAAUUAAAAGUGAUGACUUGUUUGUUACAGGAUGAAGUAAGAAAACCCAUUGAAGUGUUGGAAGCUUUAAAGAAUAUGGUUGGUUUAUUUCCAAAUGCGUGGGUAGCCUACAAAUUUUUUUUAACUAUACCGGUAACUGUUGCAACGGCGGAGAGAGUUUUUCUAAACUCAAGUUGA